AUGUACUGCUUGAUAUGGACUAAUAUGGAGAAGCUACCAAUUGGGGAAAUGGAAGAUGAGUUUAAGCUCCUGCAGAAACUAACAUACCUUCAGAAUGUCCUUUCACAGAAGUCUAUGCAACAGAUUAUUGGGGUCAAGGACAAGCCCAAAAAUAAUUCUCUAAUGCCACACAAACAGCAUUUUCUCCUAGUUUUCUCCUGCCUGGUACUAUCCGUCUUUUCAACCAUCGAUGAGUAUCAGAAUAGCUCUGAAGGGGCCCUUUACAUACUGGAAAUAGUCACCAUCGUGGUGUUUGGUGUGGAAUACUUUGUGAGAAUCUGGGCCGCAGGCUGCUGCUGUCGAUACCGCGGCUGGAGGGGAAGGUUAAAAUUUGCCCGCAAACCCUUCUGCGUCAUCGACAUCAUGGUGCUGAUUGCGUCCAUCGCUGUGCUGGCGGCUGGAUCCCAAGGGAAUGUCUUCGCCACCUCUGCCCUCCGGAGUUUGCGGUUCCUGCAGAUAUUGCGCAUGAUACGCAUGGACCGGAGAGGGGGCACCUGGAAGCUGCUGGGGUCUGUGGUCUAUGCCCACAGCAAGGAGUUGAUCACUGCUUGGUACAUUGGCUUCCUGUGCCUCAUUCUGGCCUCUUUCCUGGUGUACUUGGCCGAGAAAGGAGAAAACGAGCACUUCGAUACAUAUGCAGAUGCGCUCUGGUGGGGCCUGAUUACACUCACCACCAUCGGCUAUGGGGACAAGUAUCCGCAGACCUGGAAUGGACGUCUCCUGGCGGCAACUUUCACUCUCAUCGGGGUCUCCUUUUUUGCCCUUCCUGCUGGCAUUUUGGGUUCUGGCUUCGCGCUGAAGGUUCAAGAACAGCAUCGGCAGAAGCACUUUGAGAAGAGGCGAAACCCUGCAGCUGGCUUGAUUCAGGCUGCUUGGAGAUUCUACGCCACCAGCCUCUCUCGGACGGACCUGCACUCUACCUGGCAGUACUAUGAACGGACAGUCACCGUUCCCAUGUACAGCUCGCAAGCGCAAACGUAUGGUGCUUCCAGACUCAUUCCGCCUCUGAACCAGCUGGAACUCCUGAGGAACCUGAAGAGCAAAUCAGGACUGACUUUCAGGAAAGAGCAGCAGCCUGAGCCAUCACCCAGUAAAAGCAAACCAUGCAGAGAGUCACUAUGUGGAUGCUGCUCAGGAAACACUAGUCAGAAGGUCAGCUUGAAAGACCGUGUCUUCUCCAGUCCCCGAGGUACUGGAACUAAAGGGAAAAGCUCUCCACAGGCUCAGAGCCUCCGGAGAUCCCCCAGCGCUGAUCAAAGCAUUGAAGAUAGCCCGAGCAAAGUGCCCAAAAGCUGGAGUUUUGGGGACCGGAGCCGAGCCCGCCAAGCGUUCCGGAUCAAGGGAGCUGCGUCGCGACAAAAUUCUGAAGAAGCAAGCCUCCCCGGAGAAGACAUUCCCGACGAUAACAAAAGCUGCAACUGCGAGUUUGUGACGGAAGAUUUAACGCCAGGACUUAAAGUCAGCAUCCGGGCAGUGUGCAUCAUGAAAUUUCUUGUUUCCAAGCGGAAGUUCAAGGAAAGCCUCCGGCCUUAUGACGUGAUGGAUGUCAUUGAGCAGUAUUCAGCUGGUCACUUGGAUAUGCUCUCCCGGAUUAAAAAUCUCCAGUCCAGAGUUGACCAGAUUGUUGGACGAGGGACGUCAAUGACAGACAAGGAUCGAACCAAAGGGCCAGCAGAGGGGGAGCUCCCAGAAGACCCGAGCAUGAUGGGCAGGCUUGGAAAAGUGGAAAAGCAGGUUCUAUCCAUGGAGAAGAAGCUGGACUUUCUAGUGAACAUUUACAUGCAGCGGAUGGGGAUCCCACCAACGGAAACCGAAGCCUAUUUUGGGUCCAAAGAGCCAGACCCGGCGCCACCCUACCACAGUCCAGAAGACAGCAGGGAGCACAUUGACAAAAACGGCUGCAUCAUCAAGAUCAUCAGGUCCACCAGUUCGAUGGGCCAAAAGAAUUUCUCCGCCCCGCCCGCGCCAACCAACACGUGUCCCCCAUCCACAUCCUGGCAGCACCAGCCUUAUCAGCGGCACAGCCAUGGAUCCUCCCCCGUCGGAGACCCGGGCUCUUUGGUAAGAAUCCCACCCCCGCCUUCACACGAGCGCUCCUUGUCCGCGUACAGUAGCGGGAACAGGGCCAGCGCCGAGUACAUGAGGAACGAAGACAUUACAGCGAAACACCAUGACAGCGCCUUGAGAGACAGUGACACGUCCAUUUCCAUCCCGUCGGUGGAUCACGAGGAGCUGGAGCGCUCCUUUAGUGGAUUUAGCAUUUCCCAGUCCAAAGAAAAUUUGGACGUCCUGAACAAUGGUUGCUAUGCAGCGGUGGCCCCCUGUGCCAAAAUCAGACCCUACAUUGCGGAGGGAGAGUCAGACACUGAUUCUGACCUCUGCACACCUUGUGGCCCGCCCCCCAGGUCCGCCACGGGUGAAGGACCUUUCAGUGACAUGGGCUGGUCAGCCCCUAGACAAUGA